AUGAUCUUCUCUCUGCAACUACUACUGACGACGGCACUAGCGGCCUCUUCGCCUGACUGGUACCCCACACCCGAAAUCGGUUCAAUUACCAGUGAUUGGGCCGAUGCUCUUGGUGAGUCCAUGGACAUCCUGGCCCAAUUGACUCUUCCCGAAAAGGUCAACAUCACCACCGGUACCGGAUGGAGAGGUGGGCAGUGUGUUGGAAACACAGGGGCUGUUCCUCGUCUCGGAAUCAAGGGCCUGUGUCUCCAAGACGGUCCUCUGGGCGUCCGUUUUGCCGACUUUGUCAAUGUCUUCCCUUGCCAGAACGCAAUGGCCGCCACCUUUGAUCGUAUCCUAGUUCACCAACGAGGAACCGCUAUUGGACGUCAGUCUAGACUCAAGGGAGUCGAUGUUCAUCUCGGACCAGUGGUGGGACCUCUUGGACGACACGCUACCGGCGGAAGAAACUGGGAAGGUUUCUCCCCCGACCCAUAUCUGUCUGGAAAGCUCGCCUUCGAAGCAAUUCUUGGAGUCCAGGAAGAGGGAGUUCUUGCAACCAUCAAGCACUUCAUUGGAAACGAACAAGAACAUUACCGGCGAGCCGAAGAGUGGAGAGACGGCUUUGGAUUUAAAGACCUGAAGGACGCCGUCUCUUCCAACAUUGAAGACAGAGCUCUACAUGAGUUGUACAUGUGGCCGUUUGCCGAUGCUGUUAGGGCUAAUGUCGGCUCAGUCAUGUGCUCCUACAACUACGUGAACGGAACCCAGGCUUGCCAGAACAGUGACUUGCUCAACGGAAAGCUCAAGUCCGAGCUCGGUUUCCAGGGCUUUGUCAUGUCCGACUGGUUUGCUCAGGGAAGCGGAGUGUCUAACGCUCUGGCUGGAAUGGACAUGAGUAUGCCUGGAAAUGACGUUGAUGAGUUAGAAACUGUCUUCUGGGGAGAACAGCUGACCCGAAUGGUUGCCAACGGUACCCUUCCAGAAGCCCGUCUCGAUGAUAUGGUUCUGCGAAUUCUGACCCCUCUCAUCUACUUUGGGAUCGACGAUCGAACACCCAACUUCUCCUCCUUUGUCGACACUACAGUGGGAAGUCCCCACCCCGCUGCUAAGCACUCCAAGAAAGUCAAGGAUGUUAUCACCAACUACCAUCUCGAUGUGCGAGACCAGUUUGCAGCCAAUGUUGCUCUUGAUAGUGCUCGAGGAGCUGUUGUUCUGCUUUUCAAUGACGGUAUUCUUCCCCUGAAGAACAUUUCCGCUAUUGGAGUAUUUGGAGUCGGCUCUAGACUUGGCCCCAAUGGAGCUGUUUGUGGGGAAAACAUGCAGUGCUCAGACGGAGCUCUUAUCGAAGGAUGGGGAAGUGGAACUGCUUACCCUACGGAGUACGAAAGCCCUUACGAAGCUCUCCACAAAAAGGCUUCUCUACUUGAAGUGUCAGUGACAGGAACCACCGAGUCAUGGGAUAUGAGACUUCCUCUUGAGCUGGCUGGAGACACUGACGUGAAUAUUGUUUAUGUAUUGGCAAAUUCAGGAGAGUCUACUGCCAACGUUGAUAAGAACCUUGGGGAUCGCCGAAAUGUCAGUCUAUGGCACAAUGGCGAUGAACUUAUUAAUACAGUUGCCAGUCAGGGACAGACUGUCGUUGUUGUCACUACGGUUGGACAAGUUGACAUGACCGCUUGGCUCAACCACCCCAACAUCAGUGCCGUUCUUCUGACUGCUCCUGCUGGUGAUUACGGAGGAAAAGCCAUCGCUGAUGUGUUAUUUGGAGAGGUUAAUCCCUCAGGAAAGCUGCCUUAUACUAUCGCAGCAAAUACUUCUGAUUAUAUUCCUAUUGUCACCAAGAUCCCUCGAGAUGGAGCUCCCCAGUCCGACUUUGUGGAGGGAAUCUAUCUUGACUACAAGUGGUACGACAAGUUUGAAAGGACUCCCCUCUACGAAUUUGGUUACGGUCUGUCAUACACCACCUACUCCUUCAGCAAUCUGCAUCUUGAUGUUAAGGAGAUUAGUGAGUUCCUUCCUCCCCGGCCUGUUCCUGUACAGGUUACUAAACCCAAGAUGACCAAUAUCGACAUUGAGGACCUUUAUGUCCCCAAUGACUUUAAAAUGAUUGACGGUCUUGUUUACCCUUGGAUUCUCAACGCCAGUGCGCCCCUCGCGGACUCUCAGACUCAGUUCCCCUUUGCAAAUGGAGCUGGACAUGUCAGUGACGCUUCUGGAGGAGUGGGUGGUCACCCCUGGCUUUGGUCUAACGCUGUUACUGUCACUCACAACACCACCAACUGCGGUGAUGUUGCUGGACGAGUAGUUUCUCAGCUGUACGUUGCCUUCCCUGAAACCCUUAUCGACUCUCCUCCGGUGCAGCUUCGAGGAUUCGACAAGUCCAAGCUCCUGAACCCUGGUGAGUCUCAGAUGACCGAGUACAACCUCAACUGGCGAGAUCUGGCCAUUUGGGACGUGGAACUGCAGAGCUGGAGAGUGCAGCGAGGCGAGUAUUCCGUGUACAUUGGUCAUUCCAGCCGAGAAUUCGAGCUAUGUGAGACUUUCACUUUGUAG